GAAGCGUUGCUUUACGACUGUUCGGACAGGCGCGCCGGGUCGGCGUUCACUGCUUGCUAGUUCUUUGAUAUCCACGUGGGCCGCUCUCCGUGUUUUUGCAAGUAACUCAGCCCUCCUGGCGUGAACCAAAGACAUUGAAGGACGGAGUGGCAACGGAGGUCAAGGGUCUUGAAGUGAUGGAUUUUGCUGCUGAAAGUGAAGAGAUGUCGGGAGGAGGUCUCCAGAGUGAAGCUGAGGGGGCGCGGCUAAGUCAAGAGUCAGAUCAAGAGAGAGUCAGGGGUACAGUAGAGACGGAGGAGUCCGGCGAUGGAGAGGCGGAGAAUGGUCUGACCAGAAUGGAGAAGACAGGGGCAGGGGAAGAAGAAAGUAGACGAAGAGCAGAGAUGCGAAUGGACCUAACGGUUGUGAAGCAAGAAGUAAUGGACUGGUCAGAAAUGGUAGAAGGUACGCUGAAUGGCCAGUGGGUAAAGCAGGAGCAGGACGAACCUGAGGUGAAAGAAGAAAAACCAGGCACACUGGAGGUGAAGCAGGAGAUGGAUAGUAGUUUGAUGGUAAAAGAAGAAAAGGUGGAAGAAACAGAGAUAAAGGAAGAGAAAGUGAAGGUGAAGGAAGAAGUGAUGGACUGGCUAGAAGUGAAGGAAGAGAAGAACGAUAGCUUGGAGAUUAAACGUGAGGAAGUGUCUCUUGAUCAGAAUAUUAAAAAGGAGGAAAUAAUGGAUGAAGUGUAUGUAAAAGAAGAGAAGUAUUUCCCCAAAGAAGAAAUGAUGGAUGAUACAAAGGUGAAAGAGGAGCCUCAGAUAAAUCCCUCAGUGGGCUCCAAGCGGAAACUGGCCAUGUCAAGAUGUGAAACUUGUGGUACAGAAGAAGCGAAGUACAGAUGUCCACGUUGUUUGCGGUAUUCCUGCAGUUUGCCCUGUGUAAAGAAACACAAAGCAGAACUAACAUGUAACGGAGUUCGAGAUAAAACUGCCUAUGUUUCAAUACAACAGUUUACUGAAAUGAAUCUCCUAAGUGAUUAUCGAUUUUUGGAAGAUGUGGCAAGAACAGCAGAUCAUAUUUCUAGAGAUGCUUUCUUGAAAAGACCAAUCAGCAAUAAACAUAUGUACUUUAUGAAAAAUCGUGCUCGAAAGCAAGGUAUUAAUUUAAAACUUCUACCCAAUGGAUUCACAAAAAGGAAAGAAAAUUCAACUUUUUUUGAUAAGAAAAAACAACAGUUUUGUUGGCAUGUGAAGCUUCAGUUUCCUCAGAGUCAAGCUGUGUAUGUAGAAAAAAGAGUACCAGAUGAUAAAACUCUUAAUGAAAUCCUAAGACCUUACAUUGAUCCUGAAAAGUCUGAUCCUGUAAUUCGUCAAAGGUUGAAAGCCUACAUUUGCUCUCAGACUGGGAUCCGAAUUUUAAUGAAGGUAGAAAAUAUACAGCAAAAUUUAGUAAGAUAUUAUGAGCUGGAUCCUGACAAAAGUCUCCUUGACAAUUUGAGGGGCAAAGUGAUCAUUGAGUACCCAACAUUACAUGUGGUAUUAAAAGAAUACAGUAAUGACAUGAAAGUUCUUCACCAAGUGAAUAGUGGAUCUACUAAGAAAACUGGUGAUGAAAAUUGAGCACUUCUCUUGGAGGAAGAAUGUGGCCGUGCCCAGGUAGUGGCAGAGGACCCUGCUGGAAGAUUUGGGGGUACUUUCACUUGCUCGUUGGAAAGUUUUGUUUCUCUGAAAAGUGAUUAAACCAUCUUGGAAAAAAAAUGUUUUAAUGUAUUUUCUAGCUUCCUGAAUUGACUUGUAAGGCUCAGACUUUAAUAUGCUUUAUUCUGUAGGCUGAAAACUUGGUUAGUUUGAUCCAAGGAUCCUGCGUUAGCCAAAAGUUGGCCUUCUCUCUAGCAGAACCUGACUAAGGAACGACCAUGUGGCACACCAUCUAGCCACAGGAGGACUGGUCUCUCAGAUGCCCAUUCUUGUCCUUGGGAUUUGUAUGUAACUUCACCUCUUGAGACAACUGAAUGGAUCUUUUAUACUUGGGUGGCAUCUGGUAUUGAUGUCCUAUGUAAAAGGUUGUAUAAGUACUAGCAACUGCUAUUUCUUACAGUCAGUUCAGAAAAUCAGUGGCUCCACGUUGUUGUUUAAACCAUCAGUGCUCACAAAUCUGGCUUUCCUUGUUCACACAGUGAGCUGUGUCUUACUGUGAAUUCUGUGCCUUUCACCCCAUUCCAGCUCUCCUCUUGACAUUACCACACGGGGUGUUGUGAUGAGCAGUUUUAUUCUGUGUUUGGAAACAUCUAGCAAUAGCUAAAGAAGAAACACUUGGAACUCUUCAAAGUGCUUUUGGAAUGUGUAUGUGUACUUAUGUAUAUACAUGAUUUAAUGUAUACCUUAUGGCAGCUCUGUAUACAUUAUGAUCUCACUUAUUAAAAUUAAAGUUUCCUAGUUUUAUUGGAAUUUAUAGUUAUGAAAUUGCAAUAUGACUAUAAAAGAUUAUUACAUCUGUAUUGCAUCUGUGUACUUAAUGGUUAAGAAAACAAAUGAUAAAAUUGAAUAUCAGUGAAAUUCAUUUUUAGUUUACAGUUAGGAUAAGUUUUAGACCAAAAAGAAACCAGAGGUAUUCAUUAAAAGAGACUUGGAAAGAUUAGAAAUAUUAAAAGAUAAUGAGAACAUUAUAAGCACAGAAGAAACUUGUAGAAUACAAAUAUAUGUAAUUUGGGGUAGAAAUUGGAGAAGAGCAUCUAAAGACAGUAAUGGCCCAAAGACCUUUGAUAUAGAGUAGUGGUAGAAAUGUGAUUCAUAGACAGUAAGGGUUAAGCAUUUGAAAAAUACAUAUACUUCCUAAAGCAGCUUCAGGGAUCUUCUCCUCAUAUAUAGUAAAAACUUUGUGUAGAAUUAUGUUUUUCACAAUAAUUACUGGAUUGACAAUUAAAUGGGAUUUCACAAUCUUAACAGUGAGAUUUAACUUCUUGAGACAGGCAAGAAAGAGAAUGAAUUGAAUCAAACGUGUCACAGAAUUGUUAUUGGGAAAAGUGGGAUAAAGUACACAAAAAGAACAUGUGAUCUGAGUAUCAGGGUGGAGAGGAAUUUCCUGACAGUGAAAUCUGUUAUGAUGUAGUCUCAUUUCCAAGAAAAGUGUUGAGUUCCAUCCCGUCUAGAAUUUAAGUUGAAAAACUGGACAAAAACCAAAGGAUUUAUCCUGUACUUUCCCUCCCUGGGAGGGGGAAAAAAAAAAAAACAACAGAAAAACCCCACAUGAUCUAACGCAUCUUUACCGUAUCUAUUGUCUAGAAUUCUGUUAGACUUUAAAUUAUGGACUAUUCCUUAGGAAAGAAUAUAGCAGAGUUCCCUUAAUAUAACUAUAUCAUUUGAUUAAUAUGCACAUUUAUUCCCACAGAAUUUACAGUAAACGUGUUUUAGUGAAUAACUAUGUCAACUGCUUGGAUGGGGUAAACUUGGAAUAAUUCACUGAGAGCCCUUUAAGUUUGUAGCAUUAAAACUCAAUUUCUUUUUUAGAGGCCUUCACCAUUUUGGAUUCCUGACAAAUUCUGAUGAAUAAACAAACUCCCUGACCCAUGUUAAGUUCAACAUCCUGCAUUUCAUUCACAAACCAUAUUUUUAAAGGAGAAAGGCUCCACCUGGCCUUUAUUUUUUAAACAAUGAUUUCAAAGGGAAGGUAGGCCUUUCAUAAUUGCUAAUUAUUACAUAUGGGAUUAAUAGACAUAAAUUUACAGUAAACAAAACUUGCACCUGUUCAUAUUAUAAAUAGGAAUUAAAGAGAGUUACUAUAAUAUUCCUAAGUGUAGUUGAGCCAAUUUGUUUCACUGUAGCAAGUGAUAGGGUUCAGAUUUCACUAUGUGUAGUGAAAUGCUAAACAUAAAACAUUAAAUGCCAACAAUUUACUUUAUAUGUUUUGUUUAAUUUGUUUGGCAUAUGCAGUGUGUUGUACCUGAUUUCAUAUCAGGCAUUAAAUUUUAAGUAAAGAUAACCUAAGCUGCUUUUAUUUAGUCAUAAAUUACUGUAUUAAAAUGUGUUAGGUUUAUUUUCAGGUAGGUAUUGAAUACUUUUAUUAACCAAUCAUCCUUCAACUGCAAGUGUCAAAAACUCAAACUAGUGUCAGCAUGAAAGGCAGUUUAUUGACUCCUGUGCUGGGAAGUCCAGGCAUGACUGGGUCCAAACAACAAAGAAGCCAUCUGUCUUUCCAUCUCCCACACUUGACCCUGUUUUUCUUUUUUUUCCCGUGAAUUGGUUUUCUUUGCCAGGCAAACUUUCUCUUUGGGGAUGCCCACUUUGGAGUGGGAGGCAGUGAGGUGAGGAUAGUAGAUGAACGCUUUCGACAGUUUCAGCUUACAUCAUCAUACAAAGCUUGGCAGCAAAUUAUGUAAAACUGGGGGUAAGGGUUUUCAUUUUAACCAGAUUAGAUGACAUUCUAUCCCUGAGCUGAUGAGGAGUUCCCCCAAAGGAAGGGGAAAUUACCAGAAAAAGGAAGGGUGUAGGGAACACUAGAGGAAAGGUGGUUCCUGAGAAGACAAAAGAAACAAACAGAUGUCCAUUGCACAGUUAUUGGAAUUUGAGUAGCAGGGGGUUUCUGAUUUGAAAUCACAUAAGGAGUAAAAUUCAGAAUUAAUCUGCAGGCCUUCAUUGGCUUUAACUAGAGAUUUUAGUUCCUACUUGUGCCAUUGCUGCUGAGUUGCCAUUAUAGGCUUUUUUUUUUAAUGCUUCCCAUUUGUGUUUGACAUUAUGUUGCUGCUGGUUUGAUCAGAUAGAUGCACGGAGCACCAGUCUGUUUCCAGGAUGGAUUUGGAAAUUGCCAGUUUUGUCAACACAUGAGAAAUACUGAUUUUGAAAUUAGAGUUGUACUGGAGGAUAAUGCGUCAAAAAAAUGAAGACUAUUUUAGUAUAAAUAGACCCUUAAACCUCUGAGGAUCUGUACUUCAUUACAAAAUAUUUUCUUUUAACUUUGGUCAGCUGAAAGCUAUCUAAAGUAUGUGUGCGUGUGUUCUUUAAAAUGAACUAAAAUGUGGACAUUUUCCAUAUUGAAGUGUGGUGGGCUGCACUCAUUUUGAACUUCAUAACCAAAUGCACCCUUUAGCCUUUGAUAAGCUGCUACACAAUUCUGCUAUUGCCAGUUUUGUUUUCUUAAUGAAUACAAUACCACUUACUCUUCAUGACUGGGCCCCAACCUAAUUUUACAGCCAUUUCUUUCCUUCAUCUCCACCCUUUAACUUCAGUCUCGUAAAACAACAAAAACACUACCAUAUAUACAUCCCAAGCAUUUCCCCCCCAGAAGUGCCUUUCUCCUUGUUCAUAAUCUCCAUAUGAGCAUAUUCUCCCUACUCUCUGAGACUCAGCUUGACCAGUCAUGGCUGUGAGCCUUUCAUGUAGAAACCAUAGUUAUGUUCACACUGCAUGCGUCUCCUGAUAGGCAGACGCUCAUGCCACACUGGUUGUUAAGUGUUUUUAAUAUCACACUAAUAAUAAGGUUAAUAACUAGUGUAUAUUAAUAAGCUUACUAAAUACCAUGCACUGUUCUGACAAUUGUGAGCCAGCCCUAUGUCUGUCUUGUACAUCUAAGAAAAUAGCAGGAGCCCAGGAGUCUCUCAGGCUGUCAGUGCCCAUCUCAACACCCUUCUCUGAGAUUAACUCACCCUCUGCCUCCCCACUUCCAGAGACAGCCUGCCAUCUCCUCACUCACCUUCACCCUCUCUUUCAUGUUCCUUGCCUCAACCAAGAGUUGGGAUUUGAGCCCACGUGCAUUUGUGAACAGGGGCUCAGGUGGAAAAUGGAACUGAUUCAUAUUAUGGUAGACAGCAUUAUCGAUGGGGUUUACAAUAAAUCCAUUUUACAGAUGAGAAAACCAAGGCAAUAGAGGUUCAAGCUUAUCCUUAGGUCACACUGUUAAAUGAUGAAUGAUGGGUGUUCAAUAUUUGCCUUCUCUUAAUUCCUCUCAGAACCUGGUGUUAUCUUUCUUCCUGUCUAUAUAGUUAUUGCUAAAACUGUUGUUUAAGUGGUCUUGAAGGCCAAAUCUGUGGUUGAUAAUUAUGGCACAAUAUCAAGCAGUUUCUGGCAUAAAGUAAGACCUCAAUAAAGACUGGAUAUUGAGAUAAGUUGGGAGAAGCAGGGAAGCUCUCUAGGUUGAAAACAAAUUUUUAAGGUUUUGUUAUAGAUUGAUAUCUCUCAAUCUAUAGCAAAGCCCCUGACUGAUAAGCUAAUAUUAAUGUCUAAAAGCAUAGAACAUAGGCACCAUUCUAAGCACGUUAAAACUGUUAAUCACUGAUUGCUCACAAUCCAGUGAAGUAAGUACUGCUGUUUCAUUGACUCUGCAAUGUCAUUAGUGAUAAGAUGUGCCAUUUUAUUAACAGAAAACAAUGCUGCCAAUUAAACUGUGACAAUGCUUUUUAGAAAAUGUAGAAUGCCUAUGCAAAAAGCUCUGUUAGGUGUUUUAUUUCAAUAAACCUCAGACUUUGUCAAUUGUAAGACAUACCAUUUUGUAUAGCACUAAGAAUAAAAAUACAAGGCUCAACAA